GCCCUGCGCGCAGGCGUGCUACUGCUUCGCUGUUGGGCUUUUUAUAAGACAUUAGCACGCUGUCCUGUAGACGUGGGGGCCACACCUAGCCAGGCUUCAGCUACACCGUGUCGAGCUACAAAACUACCCUCACAAUUCGGGAAGUUCAUCGUCAGGAGCCGGGAGUCUGAGCUGCAGAGUGCUGUGUAACAGGGAGCAGCUGUGACGCCUACAGACACAGCAGGGUGCUUGAAGUGUCUUGAAGUGGUCAGGAUGCCCUACCUGGGCUCGGCGGAGACGGUGAAGGAGUUGAAAAGGGCUCUCUCCAACCCCAACGUCCAGUCUGACCGGCUGCGAUACAGGAGUGUCAUUGUCAGGGUUAUCAGGUUCAUGACACAAGGACUGGACAUGGCCCCUCUCUUUAUGGAGAUGGUGAAAGCCAGCGCCACAGUUGACAUCGUGCAGAAGAAGCUGGUCUACCUCUACAUGUGCUCAUACGCCCCUCUGAAGCCGGACCUGGCCUUGCUGGCCAUCAACACCCUGCUCAAGGACUGUGCUGACCCCAACCCCAUGGUGCGCGGCCUGGCCCUGCGCAACAUGUGCAACCUCAGAGUGCCCGGUGUCAGCGAGUACGCCCAGCAGCCCAUUCUGUCGGGGCUGAGGGACAAGGCCUCCUACGUGCGUCGAGCCGCGGUGCUCGGCUGUGCCAAGAUGCACAGUCUGCAGCCUGAUGCUGAAAUCGAUGGCGCUGUCGUGAAUGAGUUGUAUGGCCUGCUGCGAGACCAGGACCCCGUUGUCAUGGUGAACUGCCUGAGGGCCCUGGAGGAAAUCCUGAAAAAGGAAGGGGGCGUGGUCAUCAACAAGCCAAUCGCCCAUCACCUGCUCAACAGGAUGAAGGACCUGGACGUGUGGGGUCAGAGCGAGGUGCUGACCUUCCUCCUCCGCUACCGGCCGCGCUGCCACUCCGAGCUCUUCGACAUCCUCAACCUGCUGGACAGCUUCCUGGAGAGCGGGCACAGCGGCGUCGUCGCGGCGACCACCCGCCUCUUCCUGAGCCUGGGCGCAGCCCUCCCGGCGGUGCAGUCCGGCGUGCUGGAGCGGGCGCGGGGCCCCCUGCUGGCUGCCUGCACCGCACAGUCCCGCGAGCUGCGCUUCGUGGCGCUCUGCCACGUGCAGCAGGUCUUGCGCAGCCUGCCAGGGCACUUCGGAGCGCACUACAAGAAGUUCUUCUGCAGCUACUCGGAGCCCAGCUACAUCAAGUUCCGCAAGAUGGAGAUCCUGGUGGAGCUGGUGAAUGAUGAGAACGUGGGGAUGCUGCUGGAGGAGCUGAGGGGGUACUGCACUGAUGUCUCCCCCGAGCUGGCACAGGCUGCCAUCUUCGCCAUCGGGCGCGUUGGACAAACAUACAGUGAGAAAUGCCUGAGCAUCCUGACUGGGCUUCUGGAACUGAAACAAGAGCAGAUCACUUCGGCUGUUGUCCAGACGUUCCGGGACCAGGUCUGGCUGCGUCCGCAGUGCAGCGAGUCUGUGUGCGCUGCCAUCGUGGGCUGUGAGGAGCACAUCCAGGACAGCGAGGGAAAGCAGGCCCUGGUCUGGCUGCUGGGGGUGCAUGGCGAGCAGAUCCCCGGCGCCCCCUACGUGCUGGAGGAGUUCAUUGACUCCCUAAAGACAGAGCAGUCCCCGGCGGUGAAGCUGGAGCUGCUGACCGCCACUGUGCGUCUCUUCCUGUCCCGCCCAGCUGAGACCCAGGACGUGCUGGGACGCCUGCUCACCUUCUGCAUUGAGGAGGAGUGUGAUAUGUCUGUGCGGGACCGGGCCCUGUUCUGUUACCGGCUGCUGCAGUGUGGAGUGGAGGAGGCUCGCAGGGUGCUGGGCGGCCCCAAAUCAGACCCCUCGCUGGGGCUGAUCGCAGGCCGGCCCGAGGAGCCCAUCAACAGCUGGGCAGGGGACUUCAACACACUGGCACCUGUCUACAGCCGGGGGGAUUGGGCAGCACUUACUGCCACCACCGGGGGGAGCCCUUCGCUAUUACCCCAGGUGACUGGGGGAGCAGCACAAGCAGACCCUGGGAGUGUCGAGGAUGCAGAAGCAGUUGAUUCAGCAGCAGCAGCAGCACACUCCCCCCCAGACCCCGGUGAAGAGCUCUGCCUGGUCUCGGGGCCUCCUCUGUCCCCAGAACUCUUCGAAAGACGCUGGCUGGCUCUGGAGCCCUCUCGCAGGGUCUCGCUGGGCUGGCCGGGCGGUGACUGUCUCCCGGAGACGCUACAGGCCGCGCUGCAGCUCGUCAACAUCCAGGCCCUGGCUCUGAGCAGGCUCCACGCACGGCCCUGGAAGGCCUACCUGUACGCACACUGCCUGGGCACGGUGCUGCUGGCAGAGCUGCUUCGGGACCCAGACGCUGACGGGCUGCAGGUGACCGUGAAGCAGGACCCAGAGCGAGAGGAGGCACUCAGCAGCUUUCUUACAGUGCUGAAGACUGUCAUACAAACACUGGGAAACAGCAGCGCUUCCCUAGCAAGUCAUGACUGAACUGGAGUUUGGCGGCCCCCAGUGGACUGUCAGUGUAUUGAACGUGCUGCACAAUGUAUAUUGAGUUGAGGUCAGGAGGGAGGAUAUAUUAUAUAUAU